AUGAACCACGAAAAGUACGAAGAGCGUCUCGCUUUGGUGAAGCAGGUCUUCCAGGGUUUUAAUCUCGAGCCCACAGACAUAUCGCCUGUGGACUAUGAAGAAAAUUUGCCAUUCCCUUACAACAAUUUCAUUUACAAGGUUUCGCUUGCAAAGCCAGCCGCUAAAGAUGCGUUUCUCAACCCGGGUCCUUACACGGCGGAACUACCUCGGGAGGGCCCUUCAGAACUCAUCAUAAGACUCAGCAACCCCGCAGCAGAAGGCCUCAGUCACAGUAACCGCGUUGAGAAUGAGGUGGCUGCUAUCCACCUAGCGCGCGAGGGUCUUGCUGGCUUUAAGCCAGACACGGUCUUCGCUGUGCCCGCAGUGUAUGCGUGGCAACCAGCGCAGCCAUCAUCCACAGACUCUGAAGGACGCCUUGGAUGGAUAAUCAUGGAAUUCAAGCCAGGCGUUUCUCUCGACAAAGCCUUCCAGCAUCUGGAUAGGUCCCAGAAAAACGACGUCUUGGGCCAGCUGGCAGAUAUUUUCUCCGGCAUUCAGCGUGCUCCUCUGCCUAAAUCUCUCGACUCGUAUGGGGGUAUCACAAUCCAGGACGGCAAACUGGUGCACGGCCAGAUGACAACUUUGUCAGGCGGUCCGUGGAAAACGUACGGCGAGUUUUGGAGCACUCGACUUGCCUCUCAACUCGAGCAUUCUGAGGGCAGCUCAGCGCUUCAGGGUUGGAAGCCAAACGGAGUCAGAGAGAGAAUCGACAAGCUUUUUGCCGCGGGUGUUGACAGCGUCUUGAAAGGUGCUAGUGUCGAUACUUCUCUUCGCUCUCUCGUGCAUGCAGACUUGACCAUGAACAACGUUCUUUUUGAUGCGGCAACAAACAAGGUCACGGGUCUCGUUGAUUUCGACUUCUCCUGUAUAUCCCAUCCCUUCCAAGAGUUUGUUACCUCGUUUGGUGACGUCGGAGGAAAUAUCAGCGGAGGUCAUGGCCCCGACUUGACUGAAGGCCGUCUUUCAAAGGCAUUGCUAACCGGCUCUUUCGAUGCCGACAACCUGCCUGCGGAAGCCAGCGAAUUAUGGGCAUCUGCUAAGGCCUGGGACGCUGCGCUAGGGGAGAGAGGCACGCUCAAGCCCAGCACAAUCACUGGCAUAUCGGCUUUGGCUCAGCUUGGCACGCUCGAAAAGCUCUUGUGCCCAUUCAGAUUGGCGCACCCCAUGUUUCUGAAGAAGUUGACGCAGGACCAGAUCGCUGAGCAGCGACAAGCGGCGGAAGAGGCGUUGAAGGCUUGCCUUGGCUCUUUGGGAUUUUGA